AUGGCAAAACUCACUGGCGUUGGUGACUACGAUGCCGGCGAAACGUCUAUAAAUGUGCCAACUCCACGAUUCAACUCUGAAAACACUCGAAUGACCUACUUGACGCCGAAACAGGAGUACUUCAUUCUUGGCGAGAAGGUGCAGUGCGACAACGAUAUCUACGGCACAGACGAUGUAUCACUAAGCUUCGCCAAGCUGUACGUCAGUCACUCGGAAAGAAAGAACAUUAUCGCCUUUUCUGCCGGGCAGCUGCUGCGAACUUUGACUGUACUCAAGUGGUACAACGUCAGCUACUCGGUACCGGUUGACGUGUUCAAUCCACAGAGCAACUUGAUGAUUGCCUUCUGCAUUGCCAGUGGCACAAUGACGAAGCCGAAAUUCAUAAAUGUACAGAGUAAGUCAGCGCCCAUUAGGGCACUCGACAUGCAUACGUGA